AUGGAGAUACUGCCCGGGCCGACGACUACGACGGCGGCCCACCAACGGACACAUGGGGGCAACAAUGCAUUCCACAACUUCGCAAAUGACUACUCGCAUAUACAAGAUCCCAACCUGCGGAGGAGGCUCGCGCUGUCUGAGAUCGACAAGACGCCAUUUGGUUCAUACCAUGUGAGAGCCGUGUUGAUAGCCGGAGUCGGUUUCCUGAUCGACAGCUAUCAGAUCUUUUCCAUAAAUCUCAUCACAAUUUUCCUGGGCCUAGUGUUUUGGCAGGGCUCUCCCGAGGACUCACGAAAUGGCUUCGGCGGCAACAACGGACACCUUCCAACGACGGUCAACCAGGCUCUGAAGGCCUCGACGAGUGCGGGCAUAGUUAUCGGCCAGAUACUCUUCGGAUGGCUGGCUGACUACCUCGGGCGUCGGAAGAUGUACGGCGUCGAACUUGGCAUCAUCUUGGUGGCCACAAUGAACUUCGCGUUGGCGAGCCCAAGCCAGUCGAUCAACUCGACGGCUUUGCUAACGUUCCAUCGCAUUAUUAUGGGAGUUGGAAUUGGCGGAGAUUAG